AUGGCAGGUGGAGCCAAAAAACCCGUCAAUAUCUUCCGGUUGAGGAACUUGGGAGAGCCCAAGGAAGUGUUCAAUUGGAGAUUGUGGUUUGCCGUCAUCUCCUUUGGUUUGAUGGGAGCUGCGCGAGGUAUAGACGAGGGUCUGAUAUCCGGUGCUUUCAACUCCAAGGAUUUCCAGCGAUACAUCGACUACAGUUCCUACAGCAAGGUCGAGCAGACCAAUAUCAAGGCGAAUGUCUCUGCGAUGGUCCAGAUCGGAUCUGUUGGAGGGGCUCUCUUUGCAUUUGUAGUCUGUGACCGCAUUGGCCGUAUCUGGGCAACUCGUCAACUGUGCCUGCUAUGGAUCCUUGGUAUUGCUAUCUUCAUGGGAAACAACGGUAGCCUCGGGGCUGUAUACGCAGGGCGCUUCAUCGCUGGUCUCGGUGUUGGACAGACCGUGGUGGUGGCUCCUGUCUAUCUUGCAGAGAUUUCUCCUGCCUCUAUCAGAGGUCUUUGCACCUGCGUGUUCACGGGUUUUGUCUACCUUGGUAUCGUUUUGGCCUACUUCGCAAACUAUGGAUGCCAAGUCAACAUGGGCGACCACACUCACAGGAGAUGGGAGGUUCCCACCAGUCUCCAUAUCAUUUUUGCCGGCCUGAUCUUCAUUCUGUCAUUCCUCCAGUACGAGUCCCCGCGAUAUCUCAUCAAAAAAGGCCAGCAAGAAAAGGCGCUGGUGAAUUUGGCUCGUGUGCGUGGUCUCCCCGCCGACCACGAAUACGUUGUCCGUGAAUUCAACGCCAUUCAAACGGCGCACCAAACUGAGAUGGAAGCAACCAUGGGGUCUGGUCCUUUGGGGGUCAUCAAGGAGACUUUCUUGAUUCCCUCCAACCUCUAUCGUCUCUAUCUUGCCCUGACGGCCCAGCUCCUGUCGCAGUGGUCCGGUGCUGGUUCCAUUACCGUGUACGCCACAGAUCUCUUCAAACUGUUGGGCAUCACGGGAAGCAACGAGAACCUACUCGUGACUGCGAUUUUUGGCAUUGUCAAAUUGAUUGCUGCCGUUCUCUGUGCACUCUUCCUGGUCGACGUCAUCGGUCGGAAGCGCGCGUUGCUCCUGGGAAUCACCCUGCAGGCCAUUUCAAUGAUCUACAUUGCCGGUUUCUUAACGGCAGUGCCUGAGAUAGGUACUGUUAAUGGUUACAAGAUCCCCGCCAACAAGAAGGGUGCGAGCGAGGGCGCGAUCGCCAUGAUCUACGUAUCCGGCUUUGGAUGGGCGCUGGGUUGGAAUUCGAUGCAGUACCUAUUGACCGCCGAGCUUUUCCCUCUCCGUAUUCGGGCGCUUGCAACCUCGCUAGCCAUGACCCUGCACUUUGCCAACCAAUACGGCAACUCUCGCGCCGUGCCCAACAUGCUUCUUCCCGUCGCAGAUGGCGGCAUCAGCCCCAAGGGAACCUUCUGGUUUUUCGGCGUGGUGACCUUCAUCGGUGGACUCUGGGUCUGGUUCAGUGUGCCAGAAACCGCAGGCCGGAGCCUUGAGAGCAUGGAUCAGCUAUUUGCUCUACCGUGGUACAGGAUUGGUUUGCACGGUAAUCAGGAUGCCGAAGAGCGUGAUCUGGUCAUCAACGAAAAGAGGGAAGCAAUCGAGGCCCAGGGAACGACCCAGCACGUUGAGAAACAGGAUGUAGCCGCCCGAGUCUGA